UAAGCAUAGUGCUCGUAGCAUAAGUAGUACUACUUAUCACCUUUCACAACCACUUCUUUGUAUCCAUCUCUCCUUUUUACAUAAGCCUUCUAACGUCUCUAUAUCCGUCAGCUAUUGAACAUCUUCAAUAAUCACCGUCAUCCCCCUACCCCCGACUACUUACAUUGCCACCCACCACUCUAUCUCACAUCCACCUCACUUUCCCACCAACAGCUCGGGAAUAUAUAUAUCCUCAGUACUACCACCUCGAUCAUAGCACCAACCACAGCUAGCAGCUAGCAGCAUGUCUCAAGACACUGUGCUAGAACAGAUUCUACUCACUUUGAAGACGUUGGGUGAGAAACAAGAUGAUUUGGCAAAGAAAGUCGAAGCCAUCUCCCUCACCCACCCCUCCCCACUCAACAUCUCCCCAUUCAAAUCAGUCGGUAUAACAGAUUCCAUCCCUCCUUCUCCCGUCGUCACAGGUAUAGAUCACAUCCCCUGUGGUCCAUCUGGUGCACCAAUCUCAAACACUGGUACCUCUCCCAAAUCGGACAACCCCCUCGCCACUCGCUCAGGAGCCAUCUCCCCCGUCGGAGGAGGGGUGGAAGCUCUGAACUGGACUCGUAGGACAAGUUUCCCAACCAGUCCUAAUGCGGCCACCAGCGGAACUGGGACCAGUACACCUUAUGGGAAUUUGAGUUUGGCAGCUGCCGCUGUUGGAGCGGGAGCACCUGGACCUUUGUCACCUGUAGAUAAAGGUGAAAAAGGUGGACAUGGUGAAGAAGGGGGGAAAGAGAAAAAGGCUUUGUACCCUUCGAGAGUGGUCUUGACCACUUAUCCUUCCCAAGCUGGGGUCAACCCCAUCCCCGUCCAUUGGGGUGCUGGACCCAACGGGAGAGACCGUGGACCCGUACCACCAUUCGUCCUCCCUCCUCAACCUGGGUGGUUUGGCGAUGGCACCUCUCUCGAUCCGGAACACAACAAGAAAGGGUGGAAGAUUGUCACCCUAGAUCCUUGGGGGGCAAUGUCUCAAGAGCUGUGGGCAAAGGAAUACGCUGAGGGUCUCGACGUCCGUCCUACCAUCGCCCAAACCAAAGCUCAUAUCAAAAUAGAAGAACUCGACACUCUCGCUCGCAAAGGAGAAUUCUCAGUAGACGGAGAAAUCGUCAUCAAAUCUCCCGAACUUGCCGCUUUCCCAGGUGUAGACCAAGGAGUCGAAAUCAAUUGUUACAAAGCCGCCAUCGAUCCAGUCUGGUACCUACCAGGAGUCGCCGAACGUUUAGGAAUAGAAGAAUCAACAUUACGUAGAGCUUUAUUCGAAGAUACAGGUGGAAUGUAUCCUGAACUUUUAACAAGACCCGAUAUAAAAAUAUUCCUACCACCCAUAGCAGGAACAACUAUAUACAUUAUGGGUGAUCCAUCAAAAUUAUCAAACCCAGAAACAGAAGUUACAUGUAGACCACAUGAUUCAUGUUCAGGUUCAGACGUUUUCGGUUCUGAUAUUUGUACUUGUCGACCUUAUUUGAUUUUCGGGAUUUCUGAAGCUAUAAAAUGCGCUCAAAGAGGUGGUGUAGGUGUCAUUGCUUAUUUCAAUAAAGAAGGUAGAAGUUUAGGUGAAGUCGUUAAAUAUAUGGUUUAUAACAGAAGGAAAAGAGGUGGUGAUAAUGCCUCUGAAUAUUUCGAUAAUACCGUCAGUGUGGCAGGUGUAAAAGAUGCUAGACAUCAGGAUUUGAUGCCGGAUGUUUUACAUUUUUUAGGUAUAAAAAGGAUUGAUAAUUUGAUUUCCAUGAGUAAUUUGAAAUAUGAUGCUAUUGUCGGAAGUGGGAUAGAGGUUGUUAAUCGCUACGAAAUCCCCGAAGAACUCAUUCCUGCCGACAGUAGAGUCGAGAUUGAUGCCAAGAUCCAAUCAGGUUAUUUCUCAAAGAAAAACCUGACGGACGAAGUGGUCAAACAGACCAAGGGAAGAGGAUGGGUCACGACGUACCUCACCUCUGUCUCACUGUGUUCCGUGACAGACCGAAUCUGUGACGCUUCGGAAGCGCCAUGGAGGCAUGCAGCAUUGAAGUAUCACGCCUGA